AUGGCCAGUCCCAGCAAGUUCUACGAGAGGAUCCCCAGCGACUCCAUGAAGGACUUCCAUUACAUCAACGGCGGGGCCUUUGGGGACAUCUAUCGGGCGCGGCACCAAGAUUGGGGGAUCGAUGUUGCGGUGAAGAUUCUCAACCGGUAUGAUGCUUCCUGUACCCGGGAGGAACUCCUGAAGGAAGCCCGUGCCAUGGACGAGGCACGGUUCACCUACAUUCUCCGCCUCUUCGGGCUCUUUGUGGACGAAGUGCAGGUAGACGCGAAGGUGGCGAGCUUGGCAGAUGCUGUGCCCAGACUGGGCCUCGUGAUGGAGUUCAUGGAGAACGGCAGCUUGUCCACCUUACGGGAUCAGGUCCCCUCUGUGCCUUGGGCCUUGCGGCUCCGCAUCCUCCACCAGGUGGCGCUGGGGAUGAAUUUCUUGCACAGCCUCAGCCCUCCGCUGCUACACCUAGACCUCAAGCCUAGCAACGUCCUACUGGAUGGAGAGCUACAUGUCAGGGUAGCUGAUUUUGGGUUAUCCAAAUUCAAACGCGGGACUACCCAGCGUACCUGUCUCAGCGGCGGGGAAGGAGAUGGAUAUGGUGGGACGCUAGAAUUCAUGCCCCCAGAGGCCUUCACAGAUCUAAAUUACAAGCCAACCCCAGGAACAGAUGUUUACAGUUAUGCAAUCCUCAUGUGGUCAUUGUUAACUGGCGAUGAACCGUAUUCACACGUCCACCCUGUCAAUAUGAGCUCCUUGGUCAGAAUGCUGAUCCCCAAAGGCCAAAGGCCCAGUACUGAGGAGCUGGAGAAGAAGGUCCGUGAAGUCCAGAAAUUGGAAGAAUUGAUACGGCUGAUGAAACGGUGCUGGAGUGACGACAAGACCCAGAGGCCAUCUUUCAGAGACUGCAGAUAUGAGACGGAGGAAAUAUACUCCUGUUACAAGCAUCAGAUUGUGGCGGCUGUGCGUGAAGUCCAAGACAUUUUGGGAGAAGAAGAGCACGGCAACGAAAGUCCUGGUUCAGGGGUGAAUAUCCGGUCUAGACCCAGACGCUCAGAAGGUGGUGGAAUCCAUAUUUCCGGCCAUGGCAUUGCCGGGAUCCAGAUUGGAUCGUAUAAUUCGAUGUACCUUGAACCGGAUCCUGGAAACAACCUCAGGAAGAAGAAAUAA